AUGCUUAAAGCCUUUCGUCUUCAACUAUGGAACUUCACUAGUCUUCGUCUUCAUUAUUCAGCUGUAAAAGAAACUGAUUUAGGGUUUGUGAAGCAUUCCUGUGAUCGAGCUGAAAGAAACAAAGAACUCGCAGCAAUGGCACAAUUGGAACCUAAUGGACUGUUUGCGAUGGUGGAACUCAACUACCAAGGGGUAUUUAAUCGAAAUCCUUUCUCUUACACUGGUGGUGUUAAAACCAUCUUCAAUGAUGUUGACUUUUCUUCUAUGACUUAUUCUGAGUUUGUGACCUUCUGCGAACGUUUCAUGCAUGAAGAGUGUAAAAAGUCUUACUACUGUGAACCAGACAUGUCCUUCAUGGAAGGGCUUAAUCCCAUUUCAGAUGAUGUGGAAUAUUCUGCUUUUAUUUUUGAUGCUUAUGGAACAGAUGGUGUAAUUUCGGUUUAUGUGGAGCAUAUUGGGGUUGGUGUUGAUGGGUGGCAUGAUGAUGAAGAUAAUGAUGAUGAUGAACAUGAGUCUUGUAUUGACGGUGAAAAUGAAGAGAACAUAGAUGAACUUAGAAAUGUUGCCCUUGAAUUUAAUGAGGAUGUAGUGCAUAUGAAUAGGACAUCAAAUGAUCCUUUCUUAAGUAAGCUAUGUGUUGAUGAUGAGGAUGCAAACAACAUUGUAGAUGAUGACAAUGGGAGAGAAGUUGAAGUUAACAUACAAACUCAUUCCAUCUUUAAUGAGCUAUUACACUGGAAAAAACAAAAACCAAUUCUAGGGAUGAGAUUUAAGGGUCCAGGGCAAGUAAAAUCAAUGUUGUGUAACUAUGUUGUAGCUAAUGGAUAUCAAUUGUGUUUUGAAAAAAAUGAUAGGACAAGACUUUUGGUGAGGUGUAGCAAAGGUGCUUGCACAUUUAGAUUAUGGGCUUCCUGGAUGAGUGAUGAAGAGAGUUUCCAAAUCAAGUCACUAAAAGCUGAUCAUAAUUGUGCUAGGAACUUCAAGUUUGGAUCAUUGGUGACAUAUGCAUGGAUUGGGAGUCACUAUACCAAAGAGAUUGUAGAAAGUCAUAAAAUAAGUGUAAGGAAGCUUUGGUUAAAGGUAAUGGCCAAGUUUGGUAUCCAAGUUAGUAUGGGGCAAUGUAGAAGAGCAAAUAAGUAUGCACUGAAACUUAUUGAAGGUAACCUUGUUGAACAUUAUGGUAAGAUAUGGUCAUAUGGUCAUGAGAUUUUAAGGACAAAUCCUGGGUCAACUGUGAAACUUGAUAUGGAGGAUGGUCCAGAUGGAAAGAAAUAUUUUAGCAAGUUCUAUUGUUGUUUUCAAGGAGUUAAGCAAGGUUGGAUUGAAGGGUGUAGAAGGGGUUUGAUAAAGGCUGUUAAAGAGUUGCUGCCAUAUGUAGAGCACAGGCAGUGUGCUAGACAUAUUUGCCAGAAUUUGCAGAAGAGAUUUACUGGUGCCAUAUAUCAUACCUUGUUUUGGAGAGCAUCUAAAGCCACAACUGAGCAUGCUUUUAAAGUUGUGAUGAAAGAAAUUGAGACAUUGAACCCAGAUGCCCAUCAAUAUCUCAUGGAGAAAGAUCUUAAAACAUGGUCUAGAGCUUUCUUUCAAACUGGAAGGUGUUGUGAUGCAGUUGAAAAUGGGUUCUCAGAAAGUUUUAAUGCUGUAAUAGUAGAUGCUAGGAAGAAGCCCAUAAUAACCAUGUUAGAGGAGAUAAGAUUAUACAUGAUGGAUAGAAUCUACAACAUGAAAUUAAAGGGACAACAAUGGGGAAAUCAUAUUUGUCCAAAGAUAAGGGAUAAGGUGAAUUUGCUUAAAAAAAACUCAAAGGCAUUAUCAGCUAGCAUAUCCUUUCUUAAUAGGGAUGUAGAAGCCUAUGUAGACAACAUGUUUAGCACAACCACAUUUAGAAAGGCAUACAAUUACAGAAUUUCUCCCAUGAAUAGCAGUGACAUCUGGCCAGAGACAAACUAUACUCCACCAUUGCCUCUUAUUAAUAGAAGGAUGCCUGGUAGGCCAACUACUAAGAGGAAGAAAUCCACUACAGAGAAUAUAGGAACACACAGGGUUUCUAAGGCUGGAAAGAAAACCAUAUGUAGUAUUUGCAAGGAGAUAGGUCACAACAAGGCCACUUGUCCACAAAGAAGGCCCCAAAAUACAAGUGAACCACAACAACAUGAAGAGGUUGAAAUGACUCCAAUUGAGAUGGAUACUACUCAAAAUGAUAUGCAAGUUGCUCCUACUGAUGUUGAAUCUAGUAGUGCAGGGGAUUUUAGUCAUUAUAUGCAAUUUACUCCACCUAGAUGUUAUGAAGAUGAGGAGGCUGAGGAGGUUGAUCUUGUUAUCCAAUUUGAUAAUGUAAAUGUUCAGGAGGUUGAUGAGGUUAAUCCUAAUGCCCAAGUGGAUAAUGGUAAUGUUCAGGAGGUUGCUCCUGUUAACCAAGUUCAACACGUUUGUGUUAGGCCAAUUUCAGAUAUUUUGAAGAGGAUAAGGAGAAGAAAGUCAGAGAGAAUACUGAAGCUGAAAUUAGGCAAAACAAUUGGUGGUGUUGAUGAUCUAGGAAAUUCGAAGGGAAAAGCUCUUGUAAUUGAUUAG